CACACACUGCCACCUCAUCGUCAAGGGAAGCAUGUCGGGCACCGAUCUCAGGAGUUUUCUCCAACCCCUUCGGAUUGAACCUGAUACACUGUAUGAUCUAUCAUAUCGCCUGUCCUUAACGUACAAGAAGUUGGCAGCUUCGCCGGAACAGUUCUUCCCCACCCCCAUCACACAAUUGCCCACCGGCCAUGAAAAGGGUCGGUAUCUUGCCGUCUAUGUUGGCCUCUCGUAUCUCCGAGUAGCCUUCAUCGACCUGCUGGGAGAUCAACAGACGGUACGCCGGACGUUGGAGAAGGCCUGGCCGAUUGAAGAGCAUCUGCGAAGAGACCAGGCCCCAGCGCUAUUUACCUGGAUAGGCGAUUGCUUAGCCGAGGUUGUCAGGGAUGGUCUGAACAACCCAAGUGAAGAGGCUCCCCGCGAACUAACGAUAGGCAUCUCGUUCUGUUUUCCGAUCAGACAAAAAUGCUUGGAUGAAGCCAUCCUCAUGCCGACAGGGAAAAGGUUUGCUGUGAAGACCGACCUGAACCUGCACAAGGCAUUGCUUGACGGCUAUGAGCGCCAUACCUGGUCGCCUGGCGAGGAUGAGCAGCGAGUGCCCACCAAGCGGCGAAAGCUCUUUAGUCUACCAAAACUCAGAAUUGCCGCGAUGACAAAUGAUACGACGUCAACACUUUGCUCACUGGCAUACACGAUCGGCUCCUUGCCUAAUACCCGCGUGGUGAUGGGCCUCAUUGUGGGCUCUGGCUCCAACGCGACGGUUCCGAUCAAGAUGACCGAUCUGCAUGAAUUGAAAACUCGCCAUAUCCGCGAAAGGGACCCAAAUGCACGAGAGGCUCUCGUCUCGACUGAAUGGACGCUAUCCAGCGCCGCAACUCCAAUAUCAGAACUCGACAUCCGGACAAAAUGGGAUGCGGAGCUAGACCGGUUUUGUGAAAGACCGGGAUUUCAGCCUUUCGAAGAGAUGGUGGGUGGCCGAUAUGUGGGCGAGCUAGUACGCCUCAUCGCUAUCGAUUGGUUCCAUGGCGUGCUCAACAUCCCGUAUUCGGAAUUGCCAGUUAAACUCACCACUGAAUACGCCCUUUCGACCGAUUUUCUGUCCCUUGUGGUGGCAGAUAGUCAGUGUGAUGAACGAUUAGCAAAAGAUCUAUCUCAAAAGUUACAUCCGCCAUCGGAAAGUGAGUGGCAGUGGACGCCAGACUUCGCUCGCGAUCUUCGUACGAUCGCAAGUUUUGUGCAAGACAGAGGGGCUUCCUUGGUAGCAGCCGUGGUUGUAGGACUUCUUGUCUGCACCGGCGAGAUUAGCCUGCAGCGUCCGGAAGGCGUCGACUUAGGAGAUAGCCUAGAAGACUCUUCCGCGCCGGCUGUCGCGGGAGCCAAAGCCCAGGCUGGCUCAUCCACGACUGGGUGGAAAAACGGCCCUGAAGAGCUGGCGGUGGCUGUCUCCGGCGGAGUUAUGCAGCUCUAUCCAAACUACAAGGAAAAAGUCCAACGAUACAUUGACCAACUUCUGAUUCAUGCUGGCCCACAGAAAGGAGGAAAAAGCAUCUUUCUUCGAGACGCCAGUGAUGGAGGGUUAAUAGGGACCGGUAUCCUCGCGGGGACCGCAGCUGGGGAUAUUGGGGGAAUCAUAGGCUCGACAUUUGAUUAGUGGAACUUACAGGCUAGGCGUUUACGGAAUUUGGAUCUUAUAAGAAUAUUAGAUGACAAUAUGAGACUAUAUCCUCUUAACGAGAUGCGUGUUUUCCAUCGUUGGCAUUCUCCCUUGUCUUGAAUACUUGAUUAAUCAUGAUAGUAAUAGCGCUAGUUGGCGCUGCAAGCG